GCAGCCCUCACCCUGGAGCGGCGGCGGCGGCGGAUCGAGGAGCUCUCGAGGUCCUCCCGGCAGCGGCUGCUGCAGUCGCGGGACAGGAUGUUCUCCAAGUUCACCUCCAUCCUGCAGCACGCCGUGGAGGCGCUCGCGCCUUCCCUUCCAUUACAAGAAGAUUUUGUUUACCACUGGAAAGCAAUCACCCAUUACUACAUAGAGACCUCAGAUGACAAAGCUCCUGUGACUGAUACAAACAUUCCCUCUCACCUGGAACAGAUGUUGGAUAUUCUAGUUCAGGAAGAGAAUGAGAGGGAAUCGGGUGAAACAGGACCAUGCAUGGAAUAUUUGCUACAUCACAAGAUUUUGGAGACACUGUACACACUAGGAAAAGCUGAUUGUCCUCCAGGAAUGAAACAGCAAGUUCUGGCUUUUUAUACAAAACUUCUUGGAAGAAUUCGGCAACCUCUUCUUCCUCACAUAAAUGUGCAUAGGCCAGUGCAGAAAUUAAUCAGGCUGUGUGGUGAGGUUCUGGCAACACCAACAGAAAAUGAAGAAAUUCAGUUUCUCUGUAUAGUAUGUGCAAAGCUGAAACAGGAUCCAUACCUUGUCAACUUCUUCCUUGAGGUCAUUCAGGAUCCUGUUUUGCACCUUUGCAGGAGGCAGAGUAAGUUGAAAGCCAUGGCUCUCCAAGGAUCAGCAAGUGUAAUCACAGAAGACAUGAUCAAAGAGCAGGAGUCCGUGAGCACAGACACGGGGCAGCCCGAGGAGACGCCCGGGGCUGCCGGGGCCGAGCUCAUGGAGAAGGAGGAUGAGCUCCCACAGCAGCCAGAGGAGCUCUCCUUCAGUCUGGAUGAACUCAAUGUCACAUCAUCACCUGAGUCCUCCACUGCUGGUCCAAAUCAAGACUAUAAUUUAGUGAAUUCUCUACUAAACCUCACUAAAAGUCCUGACGGCCGGAUAGCAGUGAAGGCCUGUGAAGGUCUCAUGCUUUUGGUGAGUUUGCCAGAACCAGCAGCUGCCAAGUGCCUGACUCAAAGCACUUGUUUAUGUGAAUUGUUGACAGACAGGCUGGCCACCCUCUACAAAGCCUUGCCUCAGUCACUGGAUCCCUUAGACAUUGAAACAGUGGAGGCAAUUAACUGGGGUUUGGAUUCCUACAGCCACAAAGAAGAUGCAUCUGCUUUUCCAGGGAAAAGAGCAUUGAUUUCAUUUCUUUCUUGGUUUGACUACUGUGAUCAACUCAUCAAAGAAGCACAAAAGACGACUGCUGUUGCUAUGGCAAAAGCUGUGCGGGAACGAUUCUUCAUUGAUGUUAUGGAACCUCAGCUGAUGCAAACUUCAGAGAUUGGAAUCCUCACAUCAACUGCACUGUUGCACCGCAUUGUUCGUCAGGUGACUUCAGAUGUGCUGCUGCAGGAACUGGUGUAUUUCAUCCUUGGAGAGCACAGAGAGCCAGAAACCCUGGCAGACAUCAACAGGCAUCCAUUGAGGCACAGGCUGAUCGAGCACUGUGAUCACAUUUCUGAUGAGAUCAGCAUAAUGACUUUACGAAUGUUUGAGCACCUUUUGCAAAAACCCAAUGAGCACAUCCUUUAUAAUUUGGUUCUGAGAAAUUUGGAAGAAAGAAACUACAUGGAAUACAAGCCUCCCUGUCAAGAAGAUAAAGAUGUGGUAGAGAAUGGACAAAUUGCUGGAGCAGUAGAUCUGGAGGAAGAUCCAUUAUUUACUGAUCUGUCUCCAGAUAACACAUUGUCAGCUCAGGAGUGGCUCAGUGCUUCUCCACCUGUCAGUCCAGAACAUCCGAAAAAUGAUGGGAAGACUGAAGUUCAUAAAAUUGUAAAUAGUUUUCUCUGUCUUGUACCUGAUGAAGCAAAGUCAUCUUACCAUGUGGAGGGUACAGGUUAUGAUACUUACCUCAGAGAUGCCCACAGACAAUUCCGGGAUUAUUGUGUCGUUUGCUUACGGUGGGAGUGGCCGGGAUCUCCCAGGUCUUUGGAAAAGUGCAAUUUGGAAGCGUCAUUUUUUGAAGGACACUUCUUGAAAGUUCUGUUUGAAAGAAUGGGCAGGAUUCUUGAUCAGCCCUAUGAUGUAAAUUUACAAGUUACUUCAGUGUUGUCCAAACUGUCCCUGUUUCCCCAUCCUCACAUACACGAAUACCUUUUGGAUCCUUACGUCAACCUCGCCUCUGGCUGCAAGUCUCUCUUCUCUGUGAUUGUCAGGGUCGUCGGGGACCUCAUGGUUAGAAUCCAGCGCAUCCCAGAUUUCACUCCCAAACUUCUGCUGGUCAGAAAACGCCUGCUGGGCUUGGAGCCAGAAGGGCCCAUCAUUGACCACAUGACGUUACUAGAGGGCGUGAUUGUGCUGGAGGAGUUCUGCAAGGAGCUGGCCGCGAUCGCCUUUGUCAAGUACCACACCUCAGCCACGCCCUGAGCAGCCCUGGCCAGCCACCCCCGGGGCCACCGACAGCACCCAGAGACAAGGGGGUGCCUCCAGCAAAGCGGCACAAAAGGGGAUGUUGGCAAGACGAGUUGCUUUCACCAGAUGUUGAGAUUGCAAAUGGACUUGGAGCAUUUGGGGAGAUACCAACAGGCAGCAUUUCUGUGUGAAGAGCUGCAAAAGCUGCAUGAAGAACCACAGCCAUCAGACCUUGGUCAUUCUGAUGACAGUGUUUAGAGAGUUUGGGCUCUUGUAUAUCCUGGGGCUCAUGUGCACCAAUUUGCUCUUUGUGACCAUAUUACUUUUAAAAAAGCAAAUUAAUUUUAUAACAUUUUUAUGUGUUAAUUCUUCUUCUUUUCAGUUGGAUGUAUGAAAGAAAAACACACCUAUAGUAACAACGUAUGUUAUUAAAAAUGAAGAAGUUGAAAAAAAUCCACCAAUCCAUAUACAACAGGAGAUGUUAAUGAGGGAUCAUUUUGCUCUUGGUAGAUCUGAAGUACAACUCUGAGCUUGAUUCCUCAUUGGUUUACUCCAAGAAAUCUAUCAGUCUAAGAUCAAUACUAAAGAAAUUAAUCCCGGUUCGGCAUCACAUCCACAACAAAUAUAUCUGAAGUGUACAUGUUUGUAGCAUGCUUGUCUCUGUCAUUCCAAGUGAUUGGUCUCCAGGUCAUCCAUGUAACUAGAUUUGCUUUAGCUUUUUACAUAGGAACUCUAGUUGUUUGACUCAUGUCACCUUUACAUUAUAGGUUACUUAUAGGUCAGAAGUAGUUGUUGCUGAAACAGUAUUUUUAAUUUCUUUUAAAUUGAUAUUAGUCUGAAUUGGUUUAAGAAUCUUUUGUGCCUUGAAAAUCAGCAGCAUGAGCAUUCUGUUCUUUAGAGAGACUUUUUUAUUGCUUAUCUAACCAUCACAGUGAUGCCAACUCACUUAAAGCAUUGAUAACUUAUUUAGGACCAAAAUUUGCACCUGCUUUUCACAGUGCUGGGAUGCAGGAAUGCCUCUCAGUGACCCCUUUUCCCUGAGAAUGCCAUCAGGCAGGGCAGGCACUGGCAUUACAAGCAGAGGCCACUUCAGGGAGCUUUGCUUCUGCCCUGCAGAGGGUCCUCACUGCAGGUGGCUGUGCUGGACCUUGCAGUCACUCCCAGUGACCUGUCCUGCUCCCCACACUCGUGGGUAGAACCCCUUUCCCCUCCUUUGAGCAAGGCCAGGUAGAGCUCAGCUCCUGUUUACAUUUCUUUCCUCCUUUCCUGCCCCCUGUUCGCACAGCUAAUGCCCAGUUCAGAUGUCAUUGCUCAUAUGCAAACAUGGACUAAUUUAUUCAAUCACUAGAAUUCCUCUGGAUUUACAUGACUGUACCUAGAAUCUGAUUCUGCUCUUUAUCUAUGCCUUUGAGGUCUUGUUUUUUAAUAUUUAUGGAAGCUGGAUGUUAAGAGACCUUCUAAGUUAGCAGGUUAAUUAGAGCUGUGUCACAGUUAAUGGGCUAAAUUUAUUCUUGUCACCAGUGAAGAGCAUCCUGCUGUAAAAGCUUCCAGUACAGGUUCAGCUGGAGAAAGCAGUUCUGGAACUAGGGAAACAUUUUUGUAGGUAAAAUCUGUAUUCAGUGGAUGCCUGUACUGGCACACUUUUGCAAACACUGUUGCAUUUCUCUAGCAAACAAAAGCAAGUUUUACCUCUUCACCUACUGGGUUUUUCCUGCAUUUAGCUCCAAGUGUUUUCAGGUCCAAGUAGCAUAGUAGGACAAAAUUUGAAAAAAUUACACUUCAUUUUUCUUCUUGAGAAACAUACCUUGAAUAUAGCAAAUAAUUUAUAGUGAUCUGCAUUGCAGACAGUCCACAUUAGGAGUUUACUUAAUACCUGACACAAAGUUUAGAACAUGUUGAUGUCUAUGCAGAGUGAUGUUUAAUGCAUACAUUUGCUAUUUAUAAGGUCCCAAUUCAGCAAAACAGUUAAACAUAAGCUUAAUUUCAAGUAUUUUUUCCUUAAAUCACAAUCGUUUUACAUGUGCAAAGUUAAGCAGUUGAGCAGAAAUGCUGAUGCUGUACUGAAUUUGGGUCUUUGUUGGUUUUGCUUGAGCUUAAUUACUUUUUCCUCAAAUCAUCUUUUUUUUUUUUUUUAAGCCAGAAUACUUCUAAUGUCCCAAUUUCAGUGGAAACUGGAAGUGAUAAUACUGCUAUAAAGGAAAGUGAGUGAAAUGUUAAACAAAACUUGAACAAGCAUUCCAAGUAAUAUAAGAAUUGAUAAAGCCAUUCAAGAGUUGCCUGAUCUCAAAUGAAAGCAUCAACAUCACAUCCUUGGUUUGGCUCUUUUCAGUGGUAGCUGAACUCAUCACCCUGAAAGGCUGCAGCCUCUGUGCUGUUCUGAUGCACAGCACUGCAGAGCUGCAAACACAGCUCCUUAAGCUUGUCCAUGAGAAAAAUAAGUAGAUUGAACUAUGAUCACCCAUAAAUUCAGGCUGUGGAUCCAUCCUCACACAACUGAAGCAAUCCUUAAAGUUGCUUUAACCUAAACUGCUUUUGUGAGUGCUGCCUACAAACCCUUAUUACCAUACCCGAUGACAAUGACCUUUAUUUUUGUAAAAGUGCUUUAAUCUUUCUUAAGAGAUGGAACUCAUUUAAUUAUUUUUGUGGAGAUAUUUUUCAUGCACUUUUUUUUUUAAUGAUUAGAAGUUAGUUCAGGUCCAUGUUUUCACCUUUUUGAUCUAUGCAUGUCAUUGAGGAGCCCAUUUUGUUUUUGUGUGCAUGUGUUUGUAUGUGGUUAUUUAUUACCCAGAGAGGGCCACCAGAGAAAAUACUUGGCCUGAAGAGUUCAUGGCUUGUGCAGAUCCUCCAGAUGUCAGUGGGAAGAAAGUGCUCAUCACCUUAGAGAAUGGGGCCACUGGUAUUAGAUAGAAUACUUGAGAUGGGAUAGAAUAAUUUUUUAUUUCAAAAAGCAGAUCCAAACCACAUUCUAAUCUUUGAUGCACAUGUGUGUAAAUAGAAACAUUGUUUUGUUUUGGUUUUUUUUUUUUUCAUUUAUAGUAUGUAUUUGAUUUAGACUGAUUUAGAAAUUUUUGUAAUAAGCCAUGUGCUAGCUCUGGUAGAACAAGUUUGUCCUUAGGUUCUCCUAUGACUGUAAUAUUCCUGGUAUUCAGAUUCUGUCUGUGUAAUGUUCUUACUCUAUAUUUGUCUGUGCAAUAUAAAAGCUGUGACUUGAUGCACAGCUUGAGUCUGGUUGUACAUCACCUAUGUAUAUAUAUAUACAUAUAUAUAUAAAAGGACCAGAAUCCCAAGCUUGCUUACACUAUGAUUAGUGUAAAGAUUGCCACACUUCAUUUUACAGGGCACAAGUAAUCAUGGAAUGGCUUUGUAAGUGCAUGGUAAUUUCUACCAUAACCUGCUGUGCAAUCUCACAGGUGACAUUUUAUUAUUGCUCUUUGUUUUGCUAGAAGAAAUACUAACUGAAGGACUUGGUGAGAUUAAAGGGUCCUGGAGUAGACCUGGGGCUACAUGGAAAAUCCAUAUCUGAUAUUGCAUAUCAUACAGGGUUUUCAAACCAUGUCCUCAAUGCUUUCUGUGCCCUGUAAAAUAGUGUAAUUAUAUAAAAUAUAUACUCCUUGUUUUGCCUCCUGCCUUGUUUACAUUAAACAGAGGAUAUUCAGUAAAAAUUUUCUAAUAAACUUUGUGUAGGUCACUUACUAACAGUGUUGCCAAGGUUUCACAGAUGUGGGAAUUUCCGAUGAGGAAUUGUUGAAACAGCCACAUUACCAGACAUACAAUAUUAGUUUUUAUGAAGGAGGUUGUGAUAAAACUCAACUUUUUGUGCUAAAACAUGCAUGGAGGAUUAAAAGGGAUAUUCUCAAAAUAAAUUAAUUUCAGUGAAGCAACUGCUUCUA